AUGACGGCGACAAACGGUACCAACGGUCACACCAACGGCGCCACGGCCAAACAGUCCAAGAGCAACAUUGGCGUCUUCACAAACCCCAAGCACGACCUGUGGAUCAACGAGGCCGAGCCCUCUCUUGAGAAGGUCAACUCUGGUGAGGGACUUGCCGUUGGAGAGGUGACGGUUGCCAUCAGGAGCACCGCUCUGACAUUCACUUCUGGUGCCAUGGCUGCAUCGGCCCCAUGA